CCGCCUCGUGGAGGCAGCGGCGCGGGGCGUCGAGGGGGUGCAGGGCGUCCAGGGGCGCGGGGCGGGCCCGCUGCUCCCGCGGCGGCUGUCAGGGGCCGGCUGCUCCCCCGAAGAUGCAGCGCAGCAUAUUUUGCACAUGAGUUCAGAGGAAGAGGAAGUGUAGCCGGCGGACGCGCGGCGGCGGCGGGGGCGCGUCGGGGCUGGAGCCGGAGCGCCAGGCUCAAGGCGCAGCGAGCGGGGAGCGCGGCGGCCGUGGGCUCCGCGGAGGGACAGACGCACAGAUCGCGGGAGGGACCGGCACCCGAGCGCGCCGCGCCGCUGCUUCCCGCCCCCACCCACUGGCGCCCACGCCUUCCCCGCGCCGCCUGCUCUGUAUGGCACAAACUUUCCUCCCGGGACGGAACACGCUGUCUCAGGGAGCCCGCGCCGGCGCCUUCUCCUCAGCCAGUUCCCAACGCUGCUGAAAUGGGUUGCGGAUUGAACAAGUUAGAGAAACAUGAUGACAAACGGCCUGGAAAUAUCUAUUCGACUUUAAAGAGGCCUCAGGUGGAAACCAAGAUAGAUGUGUCCUACGAAUAUCGCUUCCUGGAGUUCACGACCCUGAGUGCUGCGGAGCUCCCGAGGUGCUCGGCGGUGAGGCUGGCCUCCCUGCACGACUUGCCCGCCCAGCUCCUGGAGCUGUACCAGCAGGGCUUCUCGCUAGUGGCUCUGCACCCCUUUGUGCAGCCAACCCAUGAGCGGGAGAAGACACCCCUUGAACACAUCUUCAGGGCCAUCCUGAUCAAGAAAACUGACAGAUCUCAGAAAAGUGAGCUUCACAAUGAACGCUACAUCUUGGAAUUAGAUUGCUGUUCCUCCUUAGACCACCUGACAGGCCAAAAACUCAUCCCAGAGUUCAUUAAGAAGGUCCAGGAGGCUGCGAGUCAGGGCCUGAAAUUCGUUGGUGUCAUAGCUCAGUACGGUUGCCCGGCGAAGUCAGCAGGCAGCAGCCCCCCAGGGGACGCCAGAGCUGCGGGAAAGGAGCCGGGCAGGUGCGGGGUUGAUGAGAACCCUGGUGCACCAGCAGGGACAGACAGCGGCCAGGAGCCAGGCCAGGGCCCCAGAGGGGAGACGCCCGUUGCCGAGCAACCCAGCUUGCCCUCUGGAGAAGGGGACGGUGCAGAAUUGUCUCCACACGGGGUGAGCAAGACUCUGGAUGGGCCGGAUGGUGACCUGUUGGAAGUGCGUGAGGAGCCACUCUCCGGAAAAAUGGAGAUCCUCGCCCUUUUCAACAAACCGAAGAGCCAUCAGAAGUGCCGGCAAUACUAUCCGGUCAGCAUUCCUCUCCGGGUCUCCAAGAAUGGCCAGACAGUGAGCAGUUUGGACGCCAACUGGUUGGAGCACAUGAGUGACCACUUCCGGAAAGGAGGCAUGCUGGUGAAUGCAGUCUUCUACCUUGGCAUGGUCAAUGAUUCCUUCCACAGCCUGACAGAUGGAGUAUUCAUCUUUGAAGCUGUUUCCGCAGAAGAUAGCAAAACCAUGCAGGGCUACGAUGCUAUUGUUGUCGAACAAUGGACAGUCCUGGAAGGUGUCGAGGUGCAGACCGACUACGUGCCCCUGCUGAACUCCCUGGCGGCCUAUGGCUGGCAGCUCACCUGUGUGCUACCAACUCCCGUCGUCAAGACUACCAGGGAGGGGAAUGUAUCCACCAAGCAGAUUGUCUUUCUUCAGAGACCGUGUCUACCUCAGAAAAUCAAGAAGAAGGAAUCGAAGUUCCAGUGGCGGUUCUCCCGAGAAGACAUGCACAGCAGGCAGAUGAGGAAAUCCAAAGGUAAACUCAGCGCCAGAGACAAGCGACAAGCAGAAGAAAACGAGAAGAACUUAGAAGAGCAGUUUUCCAAAGCUGGAGACGUGGGAAACUGUGUGCCAGGCCCGCACCAGGAGGACGAGGCCUCGGAGGAGCUGAAAGUCCCCAUCCAGGAGGUCACAGAAGGAAAGCAGCGUCCCGACCGGCUCUGCGUGGAGGCCGAGGCUGUGCAAAACGGUCCAGCUGGUCCCUGCAGGGCCCCCGCAGGGGGCUGCGCUGGGCACUCCCAUUCUGGGGAGGAUGCCAGGGAGGGGGCUGCCGGGGAAGGGGCCUCGGAGCCCGCCAUGCUGGAAGACAACGGAGUCUAGAGCAUUGGUCUUGAAAGCCUGCCGAGCUGGCAGCCCCGAGGCUCCGUGCUGGCAUCAGGGGUGGGGGCUGGUUUGCCUCAGUGUCCAGUGUUACCCUUUGGCUUGGCUUGACCUCUUCUUGUGAGCUCACCCGGGCCCUCCAAGGGCUGGGUCCCUGACCAUGUUGGUCUCUGCACAUCCAUUAGAAAUGUGUCGUAAUGCCCCAGUGUUAGAAUGCAAGAGGUCAAGUUAUUUCUUCAUCCGUUUCCCAGUCCCGUGGGAGGGACUGGACCAGUCAGUGCCUGUGUCCACCCCCACGGCCUCCAGGGAGCAUUCAACUCAAGUCCAUCCUUGGGCCUCCCUGGCUACAAACCAAGGCUGUCUGUUGUUCCUUCCCCCCACCCCCGCCCCCUUGCUGGGGCACUGUCCAUCCCCUGCUGCUUUCUGCAGCUACUUGGUGACGUGACAAUGCCUGGAGGCCAUCAGGUGCCCUGCUCCGUCUCAACCCCACAGACCCUGCUGCUUUGGCAAAGAAAAUGACGGUGGGUAGGGGAGGUGCCCCACCUACCAGCUUUUCUCGAAGUGUUCCCAUAGAUGCUGGUAAUCUGGAAAUGAAGAGGUAAAAUUCUGUGUGCCCCUGCUCUUGCAGAAUGUCCAAGAAAGUAUUCUGUAUUAGUAUUAAUGCCAAAAACUUUUUUAAGGGUUUUGUACUCAGCACAUCAUAUGAACACAUGUUCCUUCUGUCAUUUCAGGGCAUCCCGGCCAGUUGGGAGCCCUUGUUAUGUGCUAUUUUAAUCAGUGUAUCAUUGGCCAAGUUGUUUCCAUGUAUGCUAUCACGUGUUUAUAUUGUCCAGAAAGUAUUGUUAAGGCUUUAAGUAGAUGCAACUGGCAAACCGUGGAGAGAGAACGCCGAUUGUCUUGACCCAAACAACAGCCUGUCUCUUCUCUUUCUUGUUUAGUUACUUAAAGCAAUAAAUCAUCUAUGAGUUUAGUGCA